AUGACAACUAGUACGGAAAUCCUUGCUGCGAUUUCGGGAAACGUCUUGCUGUUUGCGCUUGUGUAUGGAAUGUCGGCGACGGUGGAUAUUGAUAAUCUUCGGGAACAGCUGGGAAACCGGAAUGCAUUGAUGACGGGGGUGUUCUGUCAGUUCUUUCUCCUUCCUGCGUUGGGCUUCAUCGUAGUCAAAGCAUUCCGUCUUCAGCACACCUUGGGAAUCCCCUUGCUUGUUGUGACGAGUUCUCCUGGUGGUAGCUAUUCGAAUUGGUGGUGUUCAAUAUUCAAUGCCGACCUUGCUUUGAGUGUGACCAUGACGGCUGUUAGUACAAUCCUCUCCGUCAUUUUCCUGCCCCUCAACCUGGCCCUAUAUACACGGUUUUCGUUCGACGACGAUGUUAUAGGCAACAUUGACUGGGUUGCUCUCUUUCUUUCUAUCUCUGUGGUUGUUGCCGCUAUUUUCCUUGGAUUGUUGUCUUCUUACAUGAUCCGUACCAUUGUCUUUCGAAGAGGAGCUAAUAUCCUCGGAAAUGUCGCUGGAGUCGGCCUUAUGCUCUUCUCGGCAACCGUCGCCAAUACAGGAGAAGGAGACUCCAAGAUUUGGGAACGACACUGGAGCUUUUACGUCGCUGUUAGCCUUCCCUGUGCCCUUGGACUCUUGAUCGCCAACAUCAUUGCCUAUGUUCGAAAGCUCAAGCCCGCAGAGCGUGUGACUGUCGCCAUUGAGUGUUGCUACCAGAAUGUUGGUUUGAGCUCGAGUCUCGCCUUGACCAUGUUUAGCGGCACCGAAUUGAAUGAAGCCAUGGGUGUCCCCUUUUUCUUUGCGGUUUCAGAGAUUGUCUUUAUCAGCACGUAUUGCCUGGUUGCCUGGAAGCUCGGUUGGACCAAAGCGCCCAAGGAUGCCAAUCUAUGCGCGGUAAUUUGCCGAAGCUACGAAGUCACUAAUCAGAAGAAGCAAGUUUCCUCUCCGAGAUCAGUAUCAUCGAAGACCAAUGACGCUGUUACUACACUGUCUGUUGACGACUCCAGUUCUUUGGAUUUGGACCAAGUCAAGACUAAGCCAGCAAAGGACGGAAAUGUGGAAGUCAGUGUAUAG